GUCCUAGGCAAUGUCCCAGCGAGCAGAGUCCUCCCAGUGUGGCGGCGUUGUGGUCGAGUUUGAACCUGACCACAUCAGGAAUGCCAGAGCCAAAAAAGCCAGGAGUAUACCAGGUUCAGCGCUUAUCUACCUCAAGGGUCCCAAGUUCCUCAUCUAUGUUAGUGGAGCAUUGUCAAUGUGGGGUGACCGAAUGUGGCAUUUUGCCAUUUCUGUGUUCCUGAUUGAGCUGUAUGGACGUAACUUGCUGCUGACCGCCGUCUUUGGCCUGGUGGUGGCUGGCUCUGUGCUCCUGCUCGGAGCUUUGAUUGGAGACUGGGUUGACCGCAAUCCCCGGAAUAAAGUGGCACAUGCAUCUCUUUUCAUCCAGAACAUCUCAGUGACAGUUUGUAGCAUUGUGCUCAUGUUGGUGUUCUCAUACAAACAAAGGAUUGAGCAAAUCUGGGAUGGCUGGCUGACUGUGGUUUGUUAUACGGUGGUGAUCGUCCUGGCAGAUGUGGCAAACCUGGCAAGCACAGCGCUGACAAUUGCCAUCCAGCGGGACUGGAUCGUAGUCAUCACCGGCUACAACCGGGGUCACCUAGCUGGAAUGAAUGCCACCAUGAGGCGGAUAGAUCAGGUGACUAACAUCCUGGCCCCGCUAGCGGUGGGGCAGGUCAUGACCCUGGCCUCCAAUGUAGUUGGAUGUGGCUUCAUCCUGGGAUGGAACCUUGUGUCUCUCAUAGUGGAGUUCUUCUUCUUGUCCCGGGUGUACCGCAUCGUUCCUGCUCUUUCAGUCAAACCGCCUGUGGUGGAGGUGGAUCAGGCCAGCCUGCAAGGAAUGGGAAGGAGAGGAGCACAAGGGGAAGGAGAAGUUGUUGAGCCUCUGGCAGAAGGCAACAGCGAUGCCAGCCUAAACCUAAAAGAAAUCACCUACCUGCCCCUGUGCUUCCGAAGGUUUCGCUGGCUGGUGAGCACAUGCAGAGAUGGAUGGAGAGCCUACUAUCAUCAGCCUGUGUUCCUGGCAGGAAUGGGUCUGGCUUUCCUCUACACAACAGUGCUAGGUUUUGAUUGCAUCACCACCGGCUACGCCUACACUCAGGGAAUAAGCGGCUCCCUCCUUAGUUUACUGAUGGGUGUAUCGGCCAUCACGGGGUUGAUGGGCACUGUCAUGUUUACAAGACUGAGGAAGAAUUACGGUCUGGUCACCACCGGCAUCAUUUCCAGCUGUCUCCACCUGGGCUGCUUGCUACUGUGCGUGUGCUCCGUGUUUGCCCCAGGCAGCCCCAUGGAUCUUAGCUUGCUGAUUCCCUACUUUACCUCGAACUCUUCCUCCGAGCUUGGAGGGAUGGCGAGCCAAAGACAAAAACACACUUAUCCUCUAAGGGGAGGCAGCAAUCAGCCACUUCUACCUGACCGCUCCUCCAUCCACUGGACCAACAACACUGUGCUUUUUGACAACGUGCCAUCUGGUAGUGCUCCUGAGUCUUACAUCUCCAUUAUCCUGUUGUUCUUGGGUGUGAUCACAGCACGCAUUGGUCUUUGGUCCUUCGACCUGACAGUCACACAGCUUUUACAGGAGACCAUCAGUGAGUCCGAGCGAGGUGUUGUAAACGGGGUGCAGAGCUCAAUGAAUUACCUGAUGGACCUGCUCCACUUCAUAAUGGUCAUCUCUGCUCCACAGCCACAGCAUUUUGGCAUCCUAGUUCUCAUUUCUGUGCUCUUCAUCACCACCGGACACACUAUGUACUUCCUGUAUGCGCACAAAGCCAGGAGAAAACGUCGCCAUGACACCUAAAGGAGCAGUUGUGUCCUCGUGACAGCCCCCGACCACGUGAAAGGAAUGUCCCCCUUGGGUCCAGGCUCCUGACUUUGCCAUUCGUUUCAGAAAAGUGUCUCUGUCUCACCUCAGCUGCUUCCUUACUGGAGGGCCUGCAUGGGACACAUAGCAAACCGGAACUCAGGUGCAAUAGAAUGAGAGCAACACUCUCUCAUGAAUAUAAAUGGCCACUAUAAACCUCCAGGGGAGAUGCCCUGCUCUAAUUUACAGCAGAAUUCAGGCUUCAAUACAUGCCUUUAAAAAACCCUACAGGAAGCCUGCAUUUUCUAUGAAAGCGUGAAUGGACGGAGACAAUAAGCACUGUUGUGAGUAAAACUUGGACCCUGUUUACAUGGCAGGCCAAAGUGGACCAAAUCUGAUUUAUUCAAAAUCCGUUUUUUUCCAGCUGACCGUUUACAAGUAAAAUUUGAUCUUCCUCAGACUCCAGUAUAAACAUGCUCAGGCUCCGAUGUGGCCACAAUGUGGCUUUGACGUCACUUGCAUGCGCAGUUUGAUAAAGUGAAAACAAAGAAAGUUGACCGAAUGAAAAAGGCAGUCGUAAUACCAGAGAAAAGAUGAAGACUACGGAUCAGCGUGUGGCUGUUGUGUAGAGGAAUUAGGCAGGUGAUGGUAAACAACUGCAGGAGGAGGAAGAGAAUAGCAAAAAAGGAAAGUGAUCGUGCUGCACAUACGGAUGACGUAGUUUGACCAAAGAUGACAUAAAAGUCGCAAACAGGUGGCGUUGCCGUUAAGACUGUAGUCAUAUUUGAAAAGAUCACAUUUCAAACGGAUUCUAACUAUCUUCUGAUGUGGCCCAAAUCUGAUGUGAACAUAUCAGAUUUGAAGCACUUUGGAGUGUUUAAAAUGGCAAAAAUCAGUGUCAUUCAAGGGCGAAAAAUCAGAUUUGGUGUCCAGUGUAAACGGAGCCUUUGAUCCAUAGAAAAGAAAGACAACACAACUUGGUAGAAGUGUUGAAGAAUGAGACUCCUUUGAAAUAUUCCAAGAUGUCCAAAAAAAAGGAACAUGCAGGGAAUUACAUGCGAAAAAUCAGAAAGGCAGCUUCCCUUAUCAAAUGACUAAACAUGUCCUUCCCUCUGGUUUGUGUCUCUGUGGAUGAUCACAUAUAAAGGUGAGAUUUUUCACCAAAUCAACACAAGCUAUAUUACUCCUAUUUUCUACUUCAUAUGAAGUCAGCAUUGCCUUACCUCAACAAAGGGCAACAAGACUGUCAGGCGACAACUUUCUGCUCUACUGUACGUCUCCAUAGCUGCGUCAUGUACACAACCAGCAUCACCUCUCUGCAAUUUAUUUGUAACAUUUGCCUGUC